AGGUGGAGUUCUAGGGUAGGCGGACGGGCGUGGCCCCGACGUCCCGGAGUCCGGCCCGCCCAUUUUACACAUGGGGAAUACUGAGUCCGGGCGAGGCUCAGGCGCUGCUCGUACGUCACCCCGCGGGCCCUUGGCUGUGUGCGCUUCUGGUCCCCGAGCCUGACCUUCGGGCACCGUGCGUCAGGAACGUCCUGGUCCCAGAGCGAAGCGGCAACCUCGGCAUCGAGCAGAUCCGGGGCCAUGGCGGCCUUCGGGGCCCGGGUGGCGCCGCCGCCGCCGCCUCAGCCUCUGCAGCUGCCUCUGCAGCCGCCGCCGCAGCCGUGGGCGGCGUCGGGCCCGCGCUUCCGCUGGUACCGCUACCAGGAGGCGGCCGGGCCGCGGCAGGCGCUGCGGAGGCUCCGUGAGCUGUGCCGCCAGUGGCUGCGGCCCGAGCGCCACAGCAAGGAGCAGAUCCUGGAGCUGCUGGUGCUCGAGCAGUUUCUGACCAUCCUGCCGGCAGACGUGCAGGCCUGGGUGCGAGGCCGCAGCCCACGCUCCGGGGACGAGGCGGCCGCCGGCGUGGAGCUGCUGCUGCGGCUGAGGCUGCAGCAGGAGCAAGGGGCUGAGCCGCAGGUACCAGGCUUGAACCAGCAACCAGAAGUGCUGUCAGAAGAGAAAGCAACAGAAAUGGCAAUCCUGGGAGCAGUGCCAGAGUCAUCGACUUUGCCUCCAAUCAGUGAUUCUUCAAGAACAAAGUCUGAAUCACUUCACCAUGGAACCCUGGUCUCCCUCCAGGAUCCCCAACAAGAUCAUGAAACCAGGACUGUGACUGAGGAGUUAAUUCUAAAGCAGGAAAUUUCUGAAGAAGUGGAAUCUCAGUGGAUGGUUUCAGAAAGAUCCACAGAGGAAGUUCCCCAAGGACCUGUGUUUGGAGAAGUCCUUGAACAGGAGAUCAGGUUAGAGAGGCAUCUAGGAAAACCUGGGGAGGAAAGCCUGAACAGAUCCCUUUCUUUGGAAAGGGGUUUCAGACCAGUGACAGCAAUUCAUCAGACAGCCUCCAUAGGAGAGCAAAACCAAGAAUUUGAUGAAUUUGAGAGAAGCUUCAGUCUUAGUUCAAACCAUGUUACAAAUCAGAGAUUUCCUAUUGAAGAGGAUGCUCAUUGUGAUACAUGUGGUGAAAUCUUUCAAGAAACCUCAGAGCUCAUUGAACAUGAGAAAAUUCACAUCGGAGAGAAACCUUAUAAAUGUGAUGAUUGUGGAAAGGCCUUUGGUCGAAGUUCACACCUUAUUCAGCACCAGAGAAUUCACACUGGAGAGAAACCCUAUGAAUGUAACCAAUGUGGGAAAGCCUUCAAUCAAAGUUCACACCUUGUCAGACAUCAGAAGAUUCACACAGGAGAGAAACCCUAUGUAUGUACUGAGUGUUGGAAAGCCUUUAGUCGGAACUCAGUCCUUAUCAGACAUCAGAAAAUUCACACUGGAGAGAAACCUUAUGAAUGUAAUGAAUGUGGGAAAAACUUCAGCCAGAGUUCCGGCCUUAGGAAACAUCAGAGAAUUCAUACUGGGGAAAAACCCUAUGAAUGUAGUGAAUGUGGGAAAGGUUUCAGGCUGAUCUCGACCCUCAUUCAACAUCAGAGAAUCCACACUGGAGAGAAGCCCUUUGAAUGUGAAGAAUGUGGGAAAGCCUUUCUGCGGAGUUCAGGGCUUGUUGAACAUCAGAGGAGUCAUUCUAGGCAGGCCAGAGACCUUCGCUUCCGGUCAGAGGUUUCUUUCGCGCGGGGGAAGUCUCGGCCAUCUCCGGAGUGGCGGGUUCCUGCUUAUUACACCACAGGAAGGCUAGGAAAACUAAUGAUGGAGGCUGAAUGUCUGUCAACCAGGCCUCAGGCACCCAUGAUAUUUGAGGAUGUGGCUGUAUACCUUACCCGAGGUGAGUGGGACUAUCUGGACCCUGCUCAGAAGAGGCUCUACAGGGAUGUGAUGCUGGAGAAUUAUGAAAACAUGUUGUCUUUGGGAUUUCCAGUAUCUAAACCUGAUGUGAUCUCCCAUCUGGAGCGAGGGGAAGAGCCAUGGGUUGUGCACACACAGGAAGAAGUGACCUUGAAAGGAGAUUGUUCAGAUUUUGAGACCAAGACUGAGAAUGGGAGGUUGUCUCAAAAGCAGAAAAUUCUUGAAGAGGUGGAAUUGCAAGCAACAGUUUUGGAAAGAUUUAGAGGGCAUCUUCUCCAGAAACAUAAAUCAAAGGAAAAUCAGGAAUAUCUAACAGAAGGAAUGAGAAAACUUUUUUCACAGAGAAGGGGUUUCAAGCCAGUGAAAAUGAUCCACCAGAAAUCUACCAGAGAGGGACAACAAAAAUGUGAUGAAUUUCAGAAAAGUUUCAGAAAGGAGUCAAACCUUGUUGGACACAAAGAAAUUUCUUCCGUAUGGAAGACUCAGCCAUUUGCUAAAAUGAGCCAAAGCUUCAAACAAGAUUCAGACCAAAUGAAGGGACAAUUGGAAAAGAAAUUUUGUAAACUUAAUGCAUAUCAAAAAAGUUUCAAGCAAAGCUCAACCCAAUCUGGACAUCAUCAAAUUAAUUAUGUAGAGAAACCCUAUGCGUGUAAUGAAUGUGGAAAAACCUUCCGUCAAAGCUCAGCCCUUAAUCUUCAUCACAGAAUUCAUACUGGUGAAAAACCCUAUGAAUGUAAUGAGUGUGGGCAAACCUUUAGUCAGCUUUCUAACCUUAGCACACACCAGAGAAUUCACACUGGAGAGAAACCCUAUGAGUGUACAGAAUGUGGAAAAGCCUUCCGUCAGCAUUCAGUUUUUAUUCGGCAUCAGAGAAUUCACACUGGUGAGAAACCUUAUGAGUGUAAUGAAUGUGGAAAAGCCUUUACUACCUGUUCAUCUCUUAUUCUGCAUUACAGAAUCCAUACUGGAGAGAAACCCUACGAGUGUAAUGAAUGUGGAAAAGCCUUCAGUCAGAGCUCAUCCCUUAUUCUGCAUCAUAGAAUUCAUACCGGAGAGAAACCAUUUAAAUGUAAUGAAUGUGGACAAACUUUUAGCCAGUUGUCAACUCUUAUUAAACAUGAGAGGACACAUAAUGGAGAAAAACCCUAUUUAUGUAAUGAAUGUGGAAAAUCUUUCCGUCAGGACUCUCAACUUCUAUUUCAUCAAAGAACUCAUAAUGGUGAAAAACCCUUUCAGUGUAAUGUAUGUGGGAAAGACUUCAGUGCUCGUGCAUCCCUUAUUCAACACCAGAGAAUUCAUACUGGAGAGAAGCCCUAUGAGUGUAGUGAAUGUGAGAAAGCCUUCCGUAGACGCUCAGAAUUUAUUCGGCAUCAGAGGGUACAUACAGGAGAAAAACCAUAUGUAUGUAAUCAGUGUGAAAAAUCCUUCAGUGUACACUCCUGCUUUAUCCGACACCAGAGAAUUCACACAGGUGAAAAACCUUAUAAAUGCAAUGAAUGUGGAAAAGCCUUCCGUCAGAGCUCUCAUCUUCUUACACAUCAGAGGAUUCAUACUGGAGAGAAACCUUAUGAGUGUAAAGAAUGUAGCAAAUCUUUUUGUCACAGAAUAUCCCUCAUUCAACAUCAGAGAGUUCACAUAGGAGAAAGACCCCAUGAAAAAGUUGUCACUUCAUGACUGACUCAUUACUUAAGAAGUAGCCUGUCCAGUUUACAUUCUCAUUCAGUAUGUGGAGUGAGCUACAUCAAUCAUAUCCUAAGACAUAUACCUUCCCUGAAAAGGUGGAUCACUGUGCAUUUUCUACCUACUUUUCUACACCUUUAUAGAGGCAGAGUUUGAUUUAUGUACACCACAUUAUAUUGAAUAUUAUAUUGAAGCUGAAGAACUUUUAGUGAUGGCUUUCAGAGAGAGUCCCAGAAAAGCUCUCAUCAUUUGACAAUGACAUAAAAACUGUUGCCUCUCAGUCCUGUUGUUUUUGCCCAGGUGCCUUUGGAAUGCCUUCCUACUCACUAUACUUUGCUGCACACCAGGAAUUGAGGCCAGGAAGCUGCUAUCUAUGACCACCUUACUUUAGCUGAAUCAUCCUUCCCUCCAAAAAACUUAUUAAAAUUCCUGAGUCCUCCACAUUUGUGAUUAAGGGUUUCCCAUCCUGUAGCUCUUUGUAUUAACUGAUUCCCCUGGCAACUUUGAAUUGCUAUAUGCUCUUCUGAGUCUGGGACUUUGUCUUAAUUAUCUGUUAUAUUUCCCCCAGGGCCCAACACAAAGUUUUGCAGUAGAAAAGAGACUAGACUUGUGAUUUCAUUGGUGGGUUGAGGGAGCUCUUGGUAGGAAUGCUAGCCAGUCCCAUCCUAUUUAGAAUACUUGAAAUAUGAAGUAACUUAUAGUGACACAGACAAGGUGUCCUAGUUCUCCUUCAGCUUUCUGUCCUGUGUACCAUGGCUGCUUAUGAACAGUGGGGAUAGUGGGAAAAGCACUGGGUCUGGUGUCAGAAUAUCUGCACUUCAAUUGCUGAUCUGACCAGCAGUGUGACUCCCAUGAGCAGAUCACUAAAUCUUUUGAAGCUUAAAUUUUCUUAGAUAAUUGUAGACUAAUUUAUGUUAAAUAGCUCAUCUUGUAAAAUACAAAUACUGUUACCCACUAUUUCAUUCUCUACUUAAUGGGAAUUCAAUCAAGUGACUUUCAAAAGCCCACAGGAGUUGUUUUUUAAUUCAAAAAAUAUUUAUGAAAUCCCUGUUGUGUUUAUUCAAGAACACUGUGUUAAGCUAGGGAAGAUGGAAUGACCAAGUCUUUGUCCCAAAGGAUACUUCAGUCUACUCAGAUACAUAUAAUUACCCAUAAGUGCAUAAUUAGUGUGCAUUAGGCUGAGAAGUCUGAGGAUAGGGAAAGGUAGAGGUUGAAUUCAGUUUGUGAUAGGGAUGAGGGAGAAGAUUCUAAGAAUAAAAAGUGUCCAUGAGGAAAAACAAGCAGGAGAACUGUUUUCUGGAUUCUGUUUAAAGAAGAAAGGAAGUAGUCUAGUAUAGAGAAUAGAAUAUAUGGAUGAGAGUAAUGAGAUAAGGCCAGAAAGUGAGAGUAACAUAAGGAUGUGCAGGGUUUUAGAUGCCAGGCAAAGAAAUGUAAAGUUGGUAUAUGCAAGUCAGAAACCUUGGAGGGUUUUGAGCAAAGGAGUGAUUUCUUAAGGUAUCAUGCUUUUCUGUGCCUCAGGCUAAUUAUUUUGAAAUCAGUAUGAAGUAGUUAGAGAAGCUGUUAAACUGUUGUUAGAUUAAUAAAGUGGUCUGGGAGUUGUGAUGAGGACCUCUGUGGGAAUGGAGAAAAAAGAUUGUAUGAUAGAACUAAUAUCUAUCAGGCUUCAUCUUGCCCCUUUCCUGCAUUCACCCCCAUCUAUGUCUCUUCUGGGUUAGGCCUAUCCCUCUACAGAAUCCCUAAUAUGGAUUAGUUUUCUCUCAAUGGUGACAAUAUCCCCAGGAUCUCAUUGACUUCUGCUUCCUUUGACACAAAUGUUUUUCUUUUUCUUUUCUUUUCUUUUUUUUUUUUAAUUAAAU